AUGUCAUCUUCAAGACCAAGAAUUGUCACAUCUAAGGCUCCAAUAUUACCUCAGCAAACUACACCUGAGCAGCGUUAUUGGCGCCAAUAUUCUUCGGCCCAACUAGUUAAGGAACAUAAUUCCGUUACUCACUUAGCCUUUAACCCACAACAUCCUUAUGAUUUUGCAGUUACCUCUUCUACAAGAGUUCAAAUAUUUUCUUCGAGAACCAGACAAGUAGUGAAAACUUUUUCUAGAUUUAAGGAUGUCGUUUAUUCAGCAUCUUUUAGAAAUGAUGGUAAGCUAUUAGUUGCUGGUGAUGCUACAGGUUUGGUAUCAGUUUAUGAUAGCUAUAAUCCAAGGACUUUAUUAUUAUCAAUCAAUGCAUCUUCACAUCCAACUCAUGUAACUAAAUUUCAUGCACAUGAUACAACUACCCUUUUAACUUCAAGUGAUGAUAGAGUGACUAGAUUGUGGGAUAUUUCGCAUGCAUAUGAACCUAUAAGCGAGUUUACAGGAGCUUCAGAUUAUGUGCGUACUGCUUGUUUCAUACCCUCAGCCCCACAGUUAGUUGUAACUGGUUCUUAUGAUGGCUUUAUUAGAUUAUAUGAUUCAAGAGCAAAUAAUUCAUCCCCAAUAUAUUCUAUGAAACACGAGCAACCAGUUGAGGAUGUUAUAGCCAUUUCUCCAACUCAGCUGGUAUCUUGUGGGGGUUCCAAUUUCAAAGUUUGGGAUUUAACGAGUAAUAAAAAAUUAUAUGAACGUGGUAAUUUUAAUAAAACCGUUACAUGCUUAGAUUAUGUUGACAACUUAAACUCACCUAUGCAAAAUGCUUUAAUUGCUUCAUCCUUAGACGGACAUGUUAAAGUAUUUGAUCCAUUAGAUAAUUUCCGUGUAAAAUUUGGCUGGAAAUUUUCUAGUGCAGUAUUAAGCUGUGCUCUAUCUCCUAGUGAUGCCCAGAACGGUAACAGACAUCUUGUUGCAGGUUUAUCAUCUGGUAUUUUAGCUAUUAGAACAAAAUUAAAGAAAAAUGAAAACGAAGCUGAUAAAAACUCUACACCUAAAGCUACUAAGAGUAAUACUUACUUAAGAAUGAUGCGUGGUUCUGAGUAUAAGGGUGAUCAAGAGCAUAUUAUUCAUGAUGACAAAUUAAAAAGCCAACGUCGUAUACGAGCAUUUGAAAAAAAAAUCAAUCAGUUUAAAUGGAGCGAAGCCUUGGACGUAGCAUUCUCUCCUGGUAUGGCUAAAGAAUUGACCUUAACUAUAUUGCAAGAAUUGCGUAAAAGAGGAAAAACUCGUGCCGCACUAUAUGAUAGAGAUGAAAGUUCAUUACAACCACUAUUAAAUUGGUGUAUUAAGGGUAUAGAAGAUGUCAGAUCGGCCCCUAUUGUAGCGGAUUGGAUUGCAGUUGUGUUAGAAUUAUAUGGGAAAACAUUAGAAAACUCACCAGUACUACAGGAAAUGAUUGUCACCUUAAAGAACAAGGUUAGAACCGAAAUCCAUAAGGCCAAGGAAGCCCAAAAAAUUGAAGGUAUGCUGCAAUUAUUAACUAACUAA